UUUCUCGACUCCCUCUCGUGGCUUCCGUCUCAUUCCACUCUUUCUUGGCCUGGGACUUGCCGCCAAAAAAAACAAGUUCCUCCAGCAACCAUGGUCUCAGGAGGAACCCAAGAAAAGCACGCCGCUCUGCCAGAGCAGGUCGUUCUGCUGGAACAGACCCCGCAGCUCAAGGCUCUCAUGUCUAUCGUCAGAAACAAAGAAACCCAGCGAGGCGACUUUAUCUUCUACAGCGACCGUGUCAUCCGUCUCCUCGUCGAAGAGGCUCUCAACCAUUUGCCCUUUAUCGAUAAGGUCAUCUCCACUCCCACCGGGGCCAAGUACAAUGGCCUCGGGUUCAGAGGCAAAAUCUGCGGCGUUUCCAUCAUGCGCGCGGGUGAAGCCAUGGAACAAGGGCUGAGGGAUUGCUGUCGGAGUGUUAGGAUUGGAAAGAUCUUGAUUCAGAGGAAUGAGGAAACUGCGAUGCCGCAGCUUUAUUACUCAAAGUUGCCCCCGGAUAUUGCGGAUCGCUUUUGCUUGCUGCUUGAUCCGAUGUUGGCAACCGGCGGCUCAGCAAACAAAGCCAUCGAAGUGCUGAUCGACCACGGGGUCCCCGAAGAGCGGAUCCUCUUCGUCAACCUGAUCUGCGCACCCGAAGGCAUCGAGAAAGUGCUCGCGGCGUACCCACGGCUGAAAAUCGUGACGGCGGAGAUUGAUGCCGGGCUCGACGAGAACAAGUAUAUUAUGCCGGGGUUGGGCGAUUUUGGGUGUAGGUACUUUGGAACUGAGGGGGUUUAGUUGGAAUAGGAAUAGGAGGAAGCUAGGGAGGGAUACGGCUUCGUAGUGUACAAACGCAGACGUAGAUGCUUCCCCCAAAGGACCUCAAGCUUGUGAUGUUAUCGGCGUUCGGCUUUCUUCAUCAAUGUAUCAUCCCGGCAUAGUCGUAGCGUUCUACAUCAUUUAAUGAUUCAACAUGGGUUUUUGCGAGGUGCGAGGGGAGCGUUGGGCAACGCGUGCAAAUCUCCCAAAGCGAUGACG